GAGUAACAAUUUUUAAUUGAUUAGAAGUUUUUCAUCCUGUUGCUAGAGUUUUGAUAGUAAUUGCUAAAGAUGACGAGAUUAUGUUAGAAAUUUAAAAUUUAACUUUACAUUUUAUACAACUCUUUUUGGCAGCAGAAUUGUUAGAAGAGCUAAAAAAUUUAUAGAAGGAGAAAUACAUCCAUAAAUUAGAAAAAAUUGUCAUGGGGGGAGCUAUUGAAUUAGAGAUUUCUAGAUUACUUAGAUAUUAUGCAAGGUCAGUUACAGGAAAAGCUUAAUAUAUUGUAAAUUCUUUUUUUGCAAGUGCUCUGAAGCAUUUAUAACAUAUCAAAGAAAUGCUGAUUCAAUUCUAUUGAAAUUUGAACAAAUUGAGAUAAAAAAACCUGUCUAAGUGUGGAAGAAAGCAAAUGAUAUGGGAU